AUGAAGAGCACCUUAGGAUAUGAUUUGACUCUUGGCUCAAGUAUGUUUUCAUGGGCUUCAAAGAAGCAAGCAAGUGUUGCACAAUCCACAGUAGAGGCGGAACAUGUGUUUGCUUCCUUGACAACUUCUCAAACAAUUUGGCUUAGAAGAAUUUUGGAAGAUGUUGGUAAAAAGCAAGGAGAAGCAACUCAAAUUAUGUGUGAUAGCAAUUCUUCCAUUGCUAUGGCAAAGAAUCAUGUUUUCUCCAAUAGAUCAAAGCAUAUUGCACUCAAGCAUCACUUCAUCCAAGAGGCGGUGGAGCAAAAUGUGAUUGAGGUCUAG